UCUUGCCACAUCCUUUGCUGUACCAAAAGGCUGUCACAGUUGAGACGCUCACAUAUUUCCUGCAUCUCAACAUCUCACGCAUCACAAACUAUUAGAGAUCUGCUACAACCAUGGUGAGCUUCUGUCCUAUAUGUGGGAAGCCUGUUUAUUUUGGUGAGAAGAAGAGGUCGUUGGGACGGGAUUAUCACCCGUUGUGCUUGAAGUGUCACAAGUGUAAAAGACAGCUAACGGCUGGCCAGCAUGCAGAGCACGAUGAGAAGCCAUACUGCACUAACUGCUACAUGAGAGAUUUUGGACCCAGAGGUAGCCGAAAACCUGCUGGUCGGGCCUUUAACACAGCAGCUUCUUAAGAGGGGUCUUGCAGUCUUGAGAAACACACAGCAUCUGGAUCUGCAAACAACAACAAACCUACAGUAUCUGCUUUACACUGCCACACACAGCAAAACCACGGUUAAAUACUGCCAAGUUGAUCUCUCCUUACCACAGAAUAAAACACAACUCCACCCUUAUGAUUCCAUUCAGCAUAAACUCAUAAAAAUGGCCAGAACCUGCCAAAUCAACAGCCGUCCACGUUGGCAUUCUCUCAGGGAAAUGAGCUACUUCAUGUGUUGAAAUCUUUAGCCUUGAUGUCACAGUUAAUGCAUCUAAAUAUUGUACAUUAUUUUUUAAUUGAGUUGUAUCUUAUUCUUUAGAAUGGGAGAUGAGAAAAUAUCUAACUAUAUAGUGAAUCGCAGGUUGGUGUGGGAAGGCAGCUAUGUACAAGCAUGUGUGUUUUUGGUUUCAAGACUCUGUAUACCAUUAAUUAAUUGAUUAACUUGAAACACAAUUUAAUUUUUUUUUCUGCUCUAUUAUUGUUUGUUCUUUUCUGGGAUUUUGUGGAUCAGAGACUAUAAAAAAAGAAUUUUUUCACGAGGCAGCAAAUGUAUCUACAAAGCAAAAAAGACAAUAAUUAAUCAUUGUGUCUUUUUAAUUAGAAGCAGAAGCUUGUGUCCCAAACCUCAUGGCGCAUAAGUGACAGCUUUAUCAUUUUUGUUAAUUCAGGAAGAAUACAUAUUUGAUUUUAUGAUUUUAUCAGUUUUUUUCUCAUUAGUUCAUUGAAAAGAAGUGUCACUCAGAGAGCUGCCAGUUAGCGUAUUGUCAACUCAUUGAAUCAGAAGAAUAAUUUCAUGUCUCUUAUCCUCAAAUCCAUAAAAUAAACUGUAAAAAUAAUAAUGUAAUAAUUAUUAUGAAUUUUAUGUAACACUUUUUUUUUCUGUUGAAAAUUGCAUUUGAAUAAUUGAAGAUUUAUACCUCAAAAUGUAACUGCCUACAAUUAUUGUUUUCAUCCUAUUAAUAUCUUGUGUGUGUGUGUGUGUGUGUAUUUACACUAGUUUUUGAACAGUAUAGAUUUUUAAUGUUUUUUAAAGACGUCUCUUCUGCUCACCAAGCCUGUAUUUAUUUGAUCCAAAGUACAGCAAAAACAGUAAAAUUUUGAAAUAUUUUUUACUAUAUAAAAUAGCUGGUUUCUAUUUGAAUAUAUUUUAAAAUGUAAUUUAUUCCUGUGAUUUCAAAGCUGAAUUUUUAGCAUC